AUGGAGGCGGCCGUCGGCGCCCCGGACGGCGGGGACCAGGGCGGCGCGGGGCCCCGCGAGGACGCGACGCCUAUGGAUGCUUAUCUGCGGAAACUGGGCUUGUAUCGGAAAUUGGUCGCCAAGGACGGGUCGUGCCUGUUCCGGGCGGUGGCGGAGCAGGUAUUGCACUCUCAGUCUCGCCAUGUUGAAGUCAGAAUGGCCUGUAUUCACUAUCUUCGAGAGAACAGAGAGAAAUUUGAAGCGUUCAUAGAAGGGUCAUUUGAAGACUAUUUAAAACGUUUGGAAAAUCCGCAGGAAUGGGUUGGACAGGUGGAAAUAAGUGCCCUUUCUCUUAUGUACAGGAAAGAUUUUGUAAUUUAUCGGGAACCAAAUGUUUCUCCUUCACAAGUAACUGAAAAUAAUUUUCCUGAAAAGGUAUUACUAUGUUUUUCAAAUGGAAAUCAUUAUGAUAUUGUCUAUCCCAUAAAGUAUAAAGAGAGCUCUGCUGUGUGUCAGUCUCUACUUUAUGAAUUGCUAUAUGAGAAGGUUUUUAAAACCGAUGUUAGUAAAAUCUUAAUGGGACUCGACACCACUGAAGUAGCUGGUGAAAGCAACAGUGAAAUAUCAGAUUCAGAGGAUGACAGUUGCAAGAGUAAAACUAGCACUGCUAAUGAUAUGAAUGGAUUCAAAGCUUUGUCAAGCGACCAGCACGUGAAAAACAAUGGGAACUCCCCAAGCCUUCCUUUGUCUAGAAAGGUUCUUAAGUCACUUAAUCCAGCAGUUUAUAGAAAUGUGGAGUAUGAAAUUUGGCUCAAGUCUAAACAAGCUCAACAGAAACGUGAUUAUUCCAUUGCUGCUGGCUUACAGUAUGAAGUUGGAGAUAAAUGCCAAGCUAGGUUGGAUCACAAUGGAAAAUUUUCUAAUGCCGACCUUCACGGGGUUCACUCUGAGAAUGGACCAGUUUUGAUUGAAGAAGUUGGAAAGAAACACUCACCGAAGAUCCUCAGACCACCUCCCUCAGAAAGCUGGAACACGGUGUCAGGGAAGAAGAUGAAAAAACCUUCCCCUUCUGGACAAAAUUUUCAUUCUGAUACGGAUUACAGAGGGCCAAAGAAUUCAAGCAAGCCAGUAAAAGCUCCAUCAGCACUACCUCCUCGACUCCAGCACCCUUCGGGAGUGAGACAGCAUGCAUCCUCUAGUCAUUCUGCAGGGUCACCAUCUCAGAAACCCUCCAGUGAGCACAAGAAUCUUAGCAGGACACCCUCACAGAUCGUCAGAAAACCUGAUCGUGAGAGAGCUGAGGAUUUUGAUCAUGCGAGUCGAGACUCUAACUAUUUUGGCCUCUCCCCAGAAGAGCGCAGAGAGAAGCAAGCUAUAGAAGAAUCUCGAUUACUUUAUGAGAUUCAAAACCGAGAUGAACAUGCUUUCCCAGCCCUUUCUAGCUCAGCAGCCAGUCAGUCAUCUUCUCAGAGCAGCAACCCAUGCGUCCAGAGAAAGGGGUCUCACGUGAGUGACAGGAAAGGAAGCAGGCGGAGAAUGGACACUGAGGAACGGAAAGAUAAAGAUGCUAGCCAUGGACAUACUCACCUGGAUAAAAAACCUGGGCCAAGCACAUCAGAGAAUAUUAGCGAUGAUAAAUGUGCAAGAAUUUUAUCACCAUCAAAGUCAAAGAAAUUAGAGUGCCCACCUCCUGCAGAACAAAAGCCAGCAGAACAUGUGUCUUUGUCAAAUCCAGCUCCCCUUCUGGUUUCUCCAGAGGUACAUCUAACUCCUGCGGUGCCUUCUUUACCAGCCACUGUGCCAUCCUGGCCAAGUGAACCUGCAUCUUUUGGACCAACAGGUGUCCCUACUCAAAUCCCUGUUUUAUCAGUGACACAGACUCUGACCACUGGACCAGAUUCUGCUGUGUCUCAAGCUCAUUUAACACCCUCUCCAGUUCCUGUGUCAAUACAGGCAGUUAACCAGCCCUUGAUGCCUUUGCCUCAGACACUGAGCCUUUACCAAGACCCACUCUAUCCUGGGUUUCCUUGUAAUGAAAAGGGAGAUCGAGCCAUUGCACCACCCUAUUCACUGUGUCACACCGGGGAGGACCUGCCUAAAGAUAAGAACAUUCUUCGAUUCUUCUUUAAUCUUGGUGUAAAGGCAUAUAGUUGUCCUAUGUGGGCCCCACAUUCUUACCUGUAUCCUCUGCACCAAGCCUACCUGGCAGCCUGUAGGAUGUACCCAAAGGUCCCUGUACCUGUGUAUCCUCAAAAUCCUUGGUUCCAAGAAGCUCCUGCUCAGAAUGAAAGUGAUUGUACCUGUACUGAUGCACACUUUCCUGUGCAUACUGAGGCCAGUGUUAAUGGUCAAAUGCCACAGGCAGAGAUUGGACCGCCGGCAUUUUCUUCACCUCUGGUUAUCUCUCCAUCUCAGGUGUCUGAAAGUCAUGGACAGUUGUCUUACCAGGCUGAUCUUGAAUCUGAAAACUCUGGGCAUCUUCUUCAUGCUGAAUAUGAAGAGUCACUAAGUGGCAAGAAUAUGUUCCCACAACCAUCCUUUGGACCCAAUCCGUUCUUAGGCCCAGUUCCCAUUGCACCUCCUUUCUUUCCUCAUGUUUGGUAUGGGUACCCUUUUCAGGGAUUCAUAGAAAGUCCAGUAAUGAGGCAGAAUAUUGUUCUGCCUUCUGAUGAGAAAGGAGAAUUGGAUGUACCCCUGGAAAAUCUGGCUUUGUCUAAACAAGGUGGUUCAGCUUCAGGAGUAGAGUUUCAGGAGGCCAGAUGUGAAGACGCACAACAUUCUCUCCCUGAAGUAAGUGUGAGUGAGAGUGAAGGCCUGGCAGAGCAGUCAUCCCAGACACCUAAGGCAGACCUGGCAUUGGCUUCCAUCCCGCCAGUAGCAGAGGGAAAGGCUCAUCCUCCCACUCAGGAUCUAAACAGAGAGAGAGAAACUGUGCCUGUUGAACUUGAGCCUAAAAGGACCAUUCCAAGUCUAAAAGAAAAACCAGAAAAAGUGAAAGACCCUAAGACUGCUGCUGAUGUGGUCAGUGGGGCCAACUCUGUGGAUAGCAGACUGCAAAGACCAAAAGAAGAGAGUUCAGAAGAUGAGAAUGAAGUGUCUAAUAUUCUGCGAAGUGGUAGAUCCAAGCAGUUCUAUAAUCAGAUGUAUGGAGGCAGGAAGUACAAAAGCGAUUGGAGCUAUUCUGGUAGGGGAGGAUAUCAACACGCAAGAGGUGAGGAGUCCUGGAAAGGGCAGCCAAGCAGAAGCCGAGAUGAAGGUUAUCAGUACCAUCGAAAUGGCAGAGGGCGGCCCUACAGGGGGGAUAGGAGGAGGUCGGGGAUGGGAGAUGGCCAUCGGGGACAGCACUCUUGAUGGCUGUCACUGCAGCACGUUAGAGCAGAAACCUUUUCUUAGGUGGAAUGUUUCUGAAGGCUUUUUAAAAAUACAUUUAAAAAAAC